AUGAAGCUUACAUUUGGAAAUAUGACCACUGAGCUAAACAUCCUCAAUAUUCAAACAUGUUUACAAAAUUCCAACAAUGAUGAUAUAGAAUUGGACAUGGCUAAUGUUGUUUUGGAUGUUACUCUGUUUAAGAUCGCCCUGUGUCAGUUAUCUGUUACAUCAGAGAAGAAUCAGAAUCUGGCUCGUGCUGAUAAUUUGAUUAAAGUAGCUGCAGAGAAUGGCGCAAGGCUUGUUGUUUUACCUGAGAUGUGGAACUGCCCUUAUUCAAAAGAUUUCUUUGCAAAAUUUGCCGAGGACUUUGACAAGGAGGAUGCCUCGCCAACUUUUUCCAUGUUAUCCAGAGCUGCUGCCUUUCAUGGGAUCACCAUUGUUGGUGGGUCUGUGCCCGAAUGGAGUAAUGGUCACUUGUACAAUACUUGCUGUGUUUUUGGAGCCGAUGGAAAGCUCAAGGCAAAGCAUAGGAAAAUACAUCUGUUUGACAUUGAAAUUCCGGGAGAAAUUUCAUUCAAGGAAUCUGAAAUCUUUGCUGCAGGAGAUAAGCCUACCAUUGUGGACACUGAAAUUGGUCGUGUUGGAGUGGGAAUUUGCCAUGACAUACGUUUUCCAGAACUUGCUAUGUUAUAUGGAGCCAAAGGUGCUCAUAUAAUAUGCUAUCCUGGGGCCUUCAACAUGAGCACAGGCGAAUUGAUUUGGGAACUGAUGCAGAGGAUCAGGGCAGCAGAUAACCAGCUAUUUGUAGCUACUUGCUCACCUUCUCGGGAUUCUAGUUGUUUCUAUCCGAUAUGGGGCCACUCUACCUUGGUUGGACCGUUUGGAGGGAUAACUGUGAGCUCAGGGCAUGAAGAGACUCUGGUGAUUGCUGAGAUUGAUUAUUCCCAAAUUGAACUUCAAAGGAAAAACCUUCCUCUUGAGAAGCAAAUGCUGGGAGAUAUUUAUCAGUUUGUUGAUAAACAUAAUGAAGAACAAACGCCUUGAAGGGAAUGCAGUUACUGGGGACAUUGCUGUAUUCAUAAAUUCAUUAAAAUAACAGGAUAUCUUCUGUAAAAAUAUGGACGGUCGAGAUUUAAUUUAUACAAGUACACACAUGACAUGCUGGGGAUAAUUACGCCAGUUU